AAAUAAAAUCUUUUUUUAUUUUUUUAUCAUGGGUGUUGGUAAACCUAGAGGUAUGAGAGCUGGAAGAAAGCUCAAAGAUCACAGAAGAGUUAAUAGAUGGGCUGAUAAAGAAUAUAAUAAGGCAAUGAUUGGAUCAAGAUAUAAAAAUCCAUUUAUGGGUGCAUCACAUGCUAAAGGAUUGGUUGUUGAAAAAAUUGGAGUGUAAUUUAUAAUAUUCUAUUUUAGUGAAUCUAAAUAACCAAAUUCUGCUGUUAGAAAGUGUGUUAGAGUAUUACUCAAGAAAAAUGGUAAAAAAAUAUCAGCCUUUGUUCCUAAAGAUGGUUGUUUGAACUUUUUAAAUGAAAAUGAUGAAGUAACAGUAGCUGGAUUCGGAAGAAAAGGACAUGCAGUCGGUGAUAUUCCAGGGGUCAGAUUCAAGAUUAUUGCUGUUAAAGGAAAAUCAUUACUUGCUUUAUGGUUGGGCAAGGUUGAAAAAUGAUAGUAUAGAUACAUUAAAUAUAUAAAUUGAAGAUCUCUAAAAAA